AUGCACGUGAGACAUGGACGGAAGGAAAGACAAUCAAAUUAUGAAUAUGAAAUUCCUUCAGAAUCUAUCCAAUUUUUCGAGCACCGCCACAGUGCCAAACACGUGCCCACUGUGACCCGGCGCACCCACAGAUGCUGGGUGUCCCUGGACGGAAGGCCCAUAGAACUGAUAGUUAGUGAUCUUCCGCCUCUGAACCGAUUUCCAAGGGACACGCUCGACGAAUGGCAGACGGUCCGCUGCGGAGUGUUGAGCACAGCUGACAUCUACGUUUUAAUAUUUGAUGUAUCCGAUGUACGAAGAACUUUCAACAAAGUCAGGGAAUUGUAUGCCCAGCUGAUGGAAUUGAGGAGGAGAGAUGAAAGGGAAUAUGGGGUUUUGGUAGUCGGAAAUAAGACGGAUUUGCUGGUGAAACAUGCCGAAGGAGAAGGACCUCAGGAGUUACGCGAUGCGGUGACCCUAAUUAGGAAAAACUGGAAAAUUGCCUAUGUGGAAACUUCGGCCCGUUACAAUUACCACAUCGCCCAGCUUUUCCGCCUGAUAGCCGGCGGUCCAGGGCCCCUGCAGAGAGGCGGGUCUGCGGGGGCCGACGGCCGUCAAGGGGGCACACUACGAAGGGACAGGGACGGCAAAUGCAUCAUAUUAUAG